CAGUAAACACUUCUAAGUUGGCGGAUCGUAAGGUACGGGUGUUGUGGUUACGGAAGAAUCAAUGCCGGUUUUAAGGCCUUAAUGGACAAUAGAGAUUUUAAAAUGCAAAUAAAUAUAAAUUACGAUUCGUAAACCAAAACCUAAAUGCAAGAAUUUUCAAAAAGUUUCUAAAUAAAUGCAAAAAAAAAACACAAAAGAAGAUAAUAAUUCUUCAAAGUGCAAUAAGUGCCGUGUAUUUCAUGGAUAUCUUUUAGUUUUGCAUUUAUUAAAGUAUUUGUGAGACGUAAAACGAUCGACGGUGCACACAAGCAAACACAACAGCAACCACCACAAGCGCACACAUACAUGCAUACAUACUUGUAACAAAUAUAAAUAAAUUUUUGUUGGUGUUUUGUUGAUAAAUCGAAUAACCAACUAGCGUCGAGUACGCGCAAGUGUGUGCGUGCGUGCCUUUGGAGCGAAAAAUUGUAUUGGUGUGAGAGAGCAACUGUGCGACAUUGCUGCGUGAAUCAUCUGUGAGUGACAUAGAAACUGCAAAUUUAACAAAAGAGAAAAUAAAUAACCAAAAUAAAAAUAUAACAAACAAAUGAAAAACAAAAACAAAAUCAACGAGACGAGUUUAAAUUUAAAGAAAUAAAAUAAAAAUAAAUGUUUAAAAGAAAAACAACACCACCGCUAAUAACGGCAACAACAAAACGCACCAACUACAAUAAUUUUGCAAGAAAACCACAGCGUUGACACACAAUUGUUGUUUUAUUAUUAUCAUUGUUGUUGUGAAAUAAAUUAAAAAGCGAAAAUAUGUCUACAUACACACAAACAAGUACUGUUGAUGUGUGUUAAAGCGUUGAUUUUUAAUUUUUUAUUUAUUUUUAAAUAAAAAAGGGUGAAAUUUUUUUGUGUAUACGGAAAUUAACGCGACAAAGAGUGGCCUGAGUUUCUUUCGCCACAGUGCAAUUAACGAAAAUAUGCGAAAAACUGGAUGGGAUGGAUAAUAUAUAAUAAGAAAAAGAACAACAACACAAAAACAAUAAGGCUGUCUUUCUUCAUUGCUGGAAAGUUGAACAAUUAACGCUUGUAUCUGGACCGAGCCAAGAAGUAUUCAAGUUAAUGGAGAUUUGUGCCAUUUAAAAAGUGCAUCAUGGAACAAGAAGACUCUUGCCGACCCGUUCCCGCUCCACGUCGCCUCUAUCCCGAGUUGCGCAAACUUGACUAUGAAAACGUUACCGUUGAGUUGAUUAACAAAAAUCUCAACAUAAACUCAGAAAACAUACACACCAUCACCAAUUGCACCGAAAAGGUGCCGAAUAAUAAAAUAUUUUUCGGCUCACUUUCCGAUCAGGAGGACACAAGCAGCGCGCGCAAGUCCAUACUCACCGAAACAAAUGAUCUGUACGGUCCCAAUGCAAAUGAAGCGGUCGAUUCGUCAGCGCCCAUCUAUUCAACACCAACACCAGCGCCACGCCCACGUAAACCACAAAAUACAGAUAUAGAAAAUGCGAACAACAUCUACGAGAACACAGAAGUGUUGAGUCGCGCAACGCCACAAACAACUACAACACAAACACUUUACCCCGAGCUACCGCACAAUACGGGCGCCAUCAGCAAGGAAACCUCACCCAACACAUCGACGUCCUCAUCACCAUUGAAUAGUCGUGCAGCGUUGCGCAAGGCCCCCGAAUUGCCGCCAAAGUCAUAUCUCAGUGUGGAACGUGAACGUAGCCAACGCGCCCAGCGCUAUUCCAUCGGCAGUGAAGUGUCCACCACGAGCAGUUAUAAUGUGACGAUCGCUGGUGGUGGCGGCGUUGGUGGUGGUGGCGGCUUGAAUGAGCGCACAUUUGGCAACAGCUACACACAAAAAUCAGCCUCGAAUGCAACACUCAAUUCGUCGGUGGAAGAUUCAAAUGACAGCAGCGAUAAUGCGAAAUUCAAAUCACCUUCGCCAGGGUAUGUAGGGGAUGCGGGGAGCAAUUGCAAUUUGAACAGCUACGUAUUGAAUGAUGGUAGUGAUGUUAGUGUUCGUGAUGAUGAAAAUGAUGUUGAUAUGCAAUUUGAAAGUGACGAUAGUAGCCGCCGCAACAACGCCUACGACAACAACAAAAAGUUCACUUGCAUUGCUGCCAGCAACCAAACGAACGAAAAAUGCGCAUUCACUGUAAUCACCAAUGCCCCUGCAACUGCAUUUGCGUGCAAUCAAACUGAAGACAACGAGCUCUUGAAGUCGAUCGGUUCUACUUCCAAGCUUCUCACCGAAUCCAUAGGCGAGCGUGUGGCACUCAAAGCCAAAGGCGUGAAAAAUAAAUUCGAUAAGAAUUUUAGCAAUAUUAGCACUGAAACAGCAAAUCGUUUACGCAGUGUUGGAAAAAAUUUCAAUGCUAAUUUUACGCUGACCAAAAAAGACAAAGAAAAGCAAAGAGCCGAAACCACAGCACAGUUUCACACUGACCGCCCGCAAACAUUGCCGCCCAACGAUCAAGUCUUCGGUUCGAUAUCAUUUACCAGUCCGUUGAAUCGUAAAGCAGACGGUGUUGAAGAUCUUUCCGCCAGCACUGCCGAUUGCUCAUAUGAUUUGCCGCGUAACUUGAAAUUAGCGCGCAGCGAUUUGGAUUUACCUUCACCGCCAUCGUACGAGGACGCUUUGAGAGACGCCCCGUCGCAGCCGACAUUCACGCGUAACGCACCCAUGAGUAAAUCGCUCAUGGUGCCUAAGCACAUUGCCGCUGAGGCGGCUAAUGUGGCGUUGAAGAAGCAACGCAGCAAUGCGAGCUUGCAAAAUGUUGCCGAGGAGGAAGUGCAUGCCACGAGUAAUAGCUCAGAUGCAGUUUCACGCGAAUCAGUAGACUUGCCCUCGCCGCCCAUGCCAUCUUUUCCACCACCUGUUCUCCCCAAAGAAGUUGUGGCGGACAUAUCGCAUGGACUUUAUGGCAAACUCAAGCCAAUACAGCCGCCACAGAGGUUGAAACGACGCAAGAACUAUGAAGAAAUACAAUUACGACGUAUGGGUGACAGUCCGUCGCCUGUGGGUGGCGCUUCGCUGCGUCCGAAUGUUGACUCUGCUGAGCUACACCAACUAAAUAUGGAAGUAGCUGCGACGGAGCGCGAGGAAUCUUUGGUACUGCAUAAACAGAUACUUGAGGCGGAGAAGCGAGCGCCAAAACCGGACCGUAGUGAGUCGUGGGAGUACUUUGCGGAUAGUGUGGAGGAGAGCGUGUGCUCAACACCGGAACCUGUGUAUGCAAAUGAGGAAGCAACUUAUGGUAGGGUUUUCGAAAUGGCUACCAGUAACAAACAGGCUUCUUCACAGGACCAAACUAACGCUUUGCGAUCCAUACAAGCAAGUGAGGUUACAGAGGGCGCAGUUGGUGGCUGUGUGAAACCGCCUGUAGAAGUUAUCAAAGAAUUCGAUCCACUUUUGAGUCGCAAAGCCGCAACUAUCUGCAAUUCGGACAAGAGCAAUCAGCUGCUGCUAUUAGAACAUCUGCUAGAGGAGGAUAUCUAUGGCACAGUUUCAGGAGACCAAGUCAAAUCUGAUGAUGAUGUCAGCAUGUGCACAUCGGAGGAAGAUAAUCAGACUGCCGCUACCGGCACUACAACGGCCAUAGUCUCGGAAGAGCCCAAACCAACAACCGUAGUUUUACCCACACCGAAUACAAAGCCCUGCAAUAGCACGGCUCAAGCAGCUACUCAGCUAAGAAUUGUGCAUCAAAAUGCGCAGCUACUGUCGGAGAGUAUGGAAAACGUGCUGGAUGAUGAUGAAGAACGCGUGCGUCCGUACUUGAGUCGAAUCGAUGAUCAAUCCGCCGCUUGUGGUAGCAAUAUUGAUUUGGCGCGCGCCUCCGCAAAUCGUACUCACUGGUUUGUGCAAGACACUAAAGAAAACAAUGAGCAGCAGCGUCAAAAUCCCUUCAAUAAACUGAACAUUGAAGGUGACGGACCACCAUCCUACUUGGAGGCUAUUGGCGCCGACGGUCGCCCACCACUCACACCUAACGAACAAAAAUCGCGCGCUUCACGUUUCAUGAACAGCGUAAAUGUAUUCUCUACGAGCGUCAAACAACGUGUUGGUGCCAUCACGCGCAAGAACAGCUUCAAAAUAGCCGCGAAAUCCGAUUUGAAGAUGACACUGCAAAUGGUGCCGCGCCCAACACUUUCGCCUUUGCUCGUGCGCUACGAAGGACCGCUGAUACGUUUUCCUUCGGGUGUUGUCGAAGACAUACUCAAGGAGAUGCAAAAUCGUAAAGCUAUUUUGCGUGAUCGUCAAUUCCAAACAUUCCUCGAUCAGGAGAUGAAAACGCCCAAGGAAAACAUUCCACUCGAUUACAUUACGACGUUGCAAUGUGUGAGUAAUAAUCGCGUAACAGAUAACUCGACACAUUUCUAUUGCUUCGAGAUAACCUCAUCGGUGCCGAAGAACCAAUCAAGCUCGAGCAAUGUGCAGACCAUGUCGAAUCCAAAUCUCGUUAUGACGAGUACUGCGUCGGGCAACUGCAAGCAUCAACGUGUGGCACACUUGUAUGGUGUGAGCAAGGAAUCGGAGAGAGGUGUCUGGAUGCAAAAGAUUUUGGAGAGUCUGACCAAUACUAUACCACCGAAAUAUGCCUGCCAUUACUAUCGCGCCGGUUGGUGCUAUCUGAAGAAUUCCAUAACCUCUGAAUGGAGCGGCACUUGGUUGGUGCUGAAGAAGAAUCAAAGACGUUUAAUAUUUGUCAGUGAAGCGGCUGGUAAUGUAGAGAAAAUGGAUCUGCGCAAAGCGCGCUGCUUGGUGCUCAAAGACAGCGAUGAAACGAUACGCAAUUUACACGUGGAGUCUGGUCCUAGCCUUAUGAUUGACUGUCCGCCAUUUACGGUCUAUAUGAUUAUGUCUUCACCACGUGAAACCAAAAUUUGGCGCCAUAUCAUACGCGAAGUGGCGCACAACAACGGCUUCUCACUGGUCGAUCAGCAAUUGACCAAGUUCAAUGUACCCGUUAUUGUGGAUAAGUGCAUCAAUUUCGUCUAUAUACAUGGAUCCAUGUCGGAGGGUAUAUACCGCAAAUCGGGCUCCGAAAAUUCCAUUCUAAAACUCUUAUCCGCCUUUCGCGCCGACGCCUUCAAUGUCGAGAUCACACGAAACGAAUAUAACGAACACGAUGUGGCGAAUGCUUUGAAGCGUUUUAUGCGCGAUCUGCCCGAACGUUUGAUGGGCAAACUUUCCGAGAGUUUUAUGUGUGUGACUGAACUUACGAAAUCGGCAGAGAAGAUUCAGGCCUAUAAAGAAUUACUGGCACGUUUAAGCGUAAUCGAGCGGGAGACCCUCAAGAAGAUCGUGGGACAUUUGGCAUUUAUAAGCUCGCAAAAGACAAAGAACAAGAUGAGCACGAAAAAUUUGACAAUGAUCUGGGGCCCAACGCUACUGCAAAAUCAUCAUCAGCAGGAAGAAAUGGUUUACUCACAAAAGGAGGCGGAUGUCUUAGCUGACUUAAUAACGCUCUACAAAAAUCUGUUUCCCUUAUCGCCAGAGGAAGUGAAAAAAGAGCAAGAAAUGCUGAUGUGCCUGCAAAAGUACUACGCGGCCGCUGAAACGCUGACAGAUUCGGUGAAAAAGUCGGGCGAUCUGAAAAUGUGGGUUGUGCUCAACCCCAGGCCGGAGAACACCAAAGAGGAAAAAACCCAGGUGAAUAUAACCAUCAAUCCGACCCGCACUGCUUACGACAUCUGCCGCGAGCUAGCGCCCAAAAUGCAAUUGUCAACCCACCAAGUUUCACUGCAGGAAGUCAUACUGAACGACAGUUUAGAGCGUCCACUGCAUCACGACUUAAAAGUAUUCGAUGUUGUGCUCAACUGGUCCUAUUGGCCAGAAGCUGAUCGAAAAAAUAAUUAUCUCGUUGUGAAACCGAUCGACACUUUGCGUGAAGUGCAGCGCGCAGUCAAGAAUUUGGCAACGGUGACACCUGGCAAGGAGCUAAAAUUCGCUGAUAAUCGCACGAAAUCCUUCAAAUCCUUUUUAUGUGAAUUGCGCGAUGGUAAAAUUGUGAUAUCGAAAAAAGAUAAAAAUGACAAAACGACCAUCGUACGCGAGAUCUUCCUACACAGCACCACCGCGUACUUGGGUUGUGAAAAGAAGCGCGACUUCCCGUGGAGCUGGGCAAUUACAUUUGUGGAGCGCACACAAACGCAGAUACUGAGAUCCCGCGACUCACCCUUCAUAGGACAUGUGUUAGCUGGCAGCGAAUGGGUUGAUCGUACGAUAUGGUACUCCAGCAUUUGGUAUAGUUUGUAUGGCGAUAGUAUACUGCCACCAGCGGAAAUAAUCAUGAAGUGAUGAAAACAAUGCAAUUACACGGACUUUUGACAAAAAUCACUUUUUGACUUUGCCUGUCUUUGCUUUUGGCUUAGUAAAUCCUGAACGUGCAUUAACGAAUCCCAUAUUGAGAGCGCAACUUGAAAAUUUCGUUGUAAAUUUGUGCCAAAUACGCGUAUUUCAUACAGACGUUACUUUUUACUUUAUGACACUUAACGAGAACUUUUAACAAGCAUAUAUUUCAUGGUGUUGAAAAUGCCUAUUUGCGUGCCAAAAAAUUAUAUUUUCGAAAAUUUGACUUAACAUUUACUUCUUGAGCAGAAGUGACGAUAGAAGGCAUUGAAUACUUGUGGAGGAUUUGUUGUAAAUACUUUUCAAUUAAACUAAUAGGCCUCUUCUAUUCGCCACUUCUUUGCUCGCUAUCUCUCUGCUCGGCUUACGUGACGAAAAAUUUGCAUUUGAAAACAAAGUUAACGAAAAAGAUUCGCCGCUAGCGAGUUUAGUUAUAACUCAAAGAUCAUAGAAACCAAGGCGCAUUGAAUACUGAAGCUGGGGUCUUUCCAAAGCAAUCAAUUUAUUUUUCGCGAUUUUGAAAAAUCUGACAAACAAAUGUAAUUUUAUGAAGAUCUAUUCCAGCGCAGUCAAGAUAUAUUGAUUUAUACCAGUGGCUUUAUCUAUUCGUCACUUGCUAAUGCUUGGCGAAAGUAAGAGGCGUCAUAUCCGGCACAUGUUUUGACCGUUUUAAAAGUAACCAUUUGGGGUAAGAGUGUUCCUGGCGUUAAAACGCGCUUCGAAAUACUCUAAAUAGGCUUCCUAACCCAUCAUCUUGGUAUUACAGUCCGGGGUGGACCAUUGUCUCCUCUACAAUACGCUUCCAUUCUUCUCGACAAUCCGUUUUCGCUCUAUGUUGUGAGAUUCUCAUCUUUCGUGUAUCGUCUUCUAUGUUUUGCAACCAUCAUCUCCUUGGCCAGCCUCUCUUUCUUGCUCCUACAGGGUUUGCUUCAAAUACUUUUUUGGUAUUUGGUCGUUCUUUCGCUGCUCAUUCUUAAAACGUGUCCAUACUGCCACAAUCUUUGGGACUUUAUAAACCGCGAUACAUUUCCUCCCGCGAUUAAAACACUGAGCUCGUGGUUAUACCGUAUACGGUAUGUACCCUCUUCGAAACGUAUAGGGCCGAAUAUUCUUCUCAGAAUUUUUCUUUCAAAUCGCAUCAGUAAAUUCACAUCAUUAACUUUAAGGACCCCUGUUUCACAGCCGUAGAUGAGAACCGGUCUUAUUAUAGUUUUGAACAUCUGGAGCUUUUGUUCCUUUGAUAUCAAUGAAUACUUCAUAAUUUUCAUAUGGCCAAAGUAUGAUCUGUUAGCUGCCUGAAUACGGUCUUGUAUAGAAAAGGACAUAUCCUCAUUUAUGCUGAGUGCUACGCCUAAGUAUUUAAACUCUUGUAUGGACUCAAAAGCAUAACUUUCGAUUCUGAUGUGACUAUCAUGAAAGGAUCGUGUCAUGUACUUCGUCUUUGCUUCAUUCAUAUUGAGGCCCGCUGGUCUUGCAUGCCCGCUUGCAUUAAACGCAUGAUAUUUCAUCUGUCGAUUAUUGGCUGCGUUGUCCCAAGCAGAACAACUUUACUGCUCACCGCUUCUCUUCUUAAAAAAAAAAACUGAAAUUAUCCUCAUUUCAUGCAUUGUCUCAAAAAUCAAAUAAAUUUCUUUUCACAGUUGCUUGAGAGGCGUACAAAAUUCAUGACUAGUAAUGGAAACCGAUUUCAGAAUACCUCCAAAAAUGGAAGUUUUUUACAUAGAAUUAGUUUACAAAAAAAAAAAACCAAAUUCCUGGGGAACACCUCAGCCAAUAGAAAUGGUUUAAAAUUUUAUCAAAUUAAGCAAACGAAAUUAAUUAAACGAAGGUGGCAAACACAAAGAUAUACUGAUCUGGCUGAAAAUUGGUGUGUAUUCCUCCAAGAGAUGCCACUAAUUAAACAUAACCUCGAUACGCUUCAGUAGUGACAUCUCUUUGACUUUGCGCUGGCUUUUCAAACGACCCUCGCCAAUGGCAAAUUAAUUAAUUUUUUUUGAGGCUUUUUGCACUGUAUUUCCUAUAACAAUGAGUUUCUAGUGAAAGAAUAUGGGCGAGGCCAUUUGCAACAAAAAAAAAUUUAAAAAGAAUCAGCUCCAGCUUUUAUAAAAUGCAUUUGGUAUAAGGAAAAAACCUCAAGAGCCAUCACUAAAAUUUUUUUUUUUUAAUCAACGCAAUUUUCCUUUUUUUCUUUUUUAUUUUGCGGAUGCGGCUUAAAAUGCCGAAUGCAUCAUCAAAGUUCCCGUCGCAGCCACUGAUGCUGGUAUGUCCAGAGACUAAAAAACUCCCCCUUUUUGGGAAUCGUCGCGUUCCAUCUCCCUCAUCAUAAACGAUCCCCUGAAACCGCUGAUGAUUUCUCACGUUUCAUCACUGCUUAGCAUCUUGUCGAUUACAUUUUUAGCGGUUAUGAGACCAACCGAUAUUAUUAUCGGUAUUAAUGCUGAUUCUUAAAUAAAAGGAGUCUCUUACAACCUCGAAAUCAUAACUGUAAAAAUGACGUGGGUGCCGAUACACUGUUUUUUAUUAUAACAGGAGGUACUUCGUUUUGUCCCUGUUUACCACCAGACCCAUUCGCUUUGCCUCUUUAUGCAGUUUGGAAAUGCGCGGUUUUUGAAGUUGAUGAUUUCAAUAUCAUCGGCAUACGCCAACAAUUGUACGCUCUUACAAAAAACUGUGCCUCAGCGAUUAAGUUCUGAGGCUCGCACGAUCUUUUCCAGCAUCACCUUAAGGGGGGCCUCUUAUCAGUGGCUUCAAAAAAAGGUGUUUUUUCUCAACUUUUUUUGAGGCGAAAAAAGCGACACACAGGAACAAUCUUGUGCAUUUAUUUGAAGGCAUGAUUGAAGAGUAAUAAACAAUUUUUUAACAUAAAUGAAAAAAUAAAAUGGCGGGCAUAUGAGGAAUCUCGCACAGCUUCUCGUUGCGCGCUAGUAAAACGGCGUGUAAGAUUGCGGUCGUAGUUUUCACCUGAAACACAAAAGAAGGCUUACCCGCAUAUAAUAUACUACUCUUGUAUAAAAAUAUGAAAAAAUUUACACACAAUUAAUUAUUCAAAAAAGUGCUUUUUUUCGCCAUUUUUUUAAAGAAGGUGUUAAAUAACAUUAAAAAGUGGAUAUUUUUUUGGAUUUUGUUAGUUAAUUACUUCUUUCAUAGCGUUACAACGCGGGGUGCGUCAAAGCUUCCUUCAAAAUGCUCCUCCAAAGCGGUCUAUCUUGAGCUGUUGCUUCGUAGUCACGUAUUCCCAGCUUCUUAAGAUCGUGUUCCACUGCGUCUAUCCAAUGGUUCCUCGGUCUGCCUUUGGCCUUCACGCCCAUUAGCUUUCCUGUCAGGGCUUUCUUCACGGUACAGUCAACAGGCAUACGGAUCACAUGACCUAGCCAUCUUAUGCGCUGCGCUUUAACAAAACGCACAGCUGUCUCGUUGUGAGUUAGAUUGUUCAGUUCAGAGUUCAAUCGAAUUCUAUAGGUACCAUCAUCCAUUCUUGUUGGGCCAAAGAUCUUUCUUAAAAUUUUUCUUUCCAUGCGAGCAAUCUAAGCACAAUUAUCAACCUUAAGAGUCCAUACCUCACAACCAUAUGUUAGAAUUGGUCGAAUAAGAGUCUUGUACCUUGUGAACUUUGUAGCUUUAGACAAGAGUCGGGACUUGAACAAGUUAAGGUGGGCGUAAUGCGCUUUGUUGGCGGCGUUGAUGCGAUCCCUGACGGCGGAAGUUGAAUCACCGCUAUCGGUGAUUAUCGGCUUCAAACGAUAACUUUCGUCGUUUUUUUUAAAUCUUACACGCCAUUUUCAAAAACAUGGUUUUGAGAAAACGUGUUUAAAAGUUUUCAGAAGGUAGAUAGUAUACUCACACGAGGGACGGCACACAAGCCUGUAACUCCGAAAUCACUUUGAAUUCCGCUAUAAAAUUUUGAGGGCAUAUUCUCCUAUAAUAUAUCUAUCGAUUGUAGUAAAAAAAAAUCGAUUUUUUGAAGCCGACUGCUAAGAGGCACCUCUUUAAGAAGUCACACGACAGAGAGUCACUCGCGUUUCUUUAGCCACUUAAAAUUUGCACUUUAGACUACCAAAAUUCUAUGCGCCUUUUGAAAUGUGUAUUUCAAAUAUUGGGUAGUCGAAAAAGUCUUUUCGUAUUUCUAAUCAAACUUCAACUCAUUUUCUUUUAUAUUUAUAAUGAACUUUAUUAAACCAAAUAUGUACCAUUUUGGUCGACCACCUUUUGUCAUUUUUCUUCUAGAGACAUUAUUCCAUCAGUGUAAAACUUUUGUGGUUUCUCGGCGAAAAACUGCGACAAGUGAUUUUCACAGGCUUCUCUUGAAGCCAACUUUACUCCAUUAAGGGAGUUCUGCAUUGACCGAAACAAAUGGUAGUCCGAUGGUGCAAGAUCAGGGCUAUAUGGUGGAUGCAUCAAAACUUCCGAGCCAAGCUCUCUCAGUUUUUGCCGAGUCAUCAAAGAUGUGUGUGGCCUAGCGUUGUCCUAAUGGAAGACGACGCCCUUUCUGCUGAUCAGUUCUGGCGUUUUUUUUUUCGAUUGAAUGCUUCAAUCUCAUCAGUUGUUGACAGUAAAGUGUAGAAUCAAUCGUUCGAGCAGGCUGGAGCAGCUCAUAGUGUAUGAUUCCUUUCCAAUCCCAUCAAACACACAGCAUAACCUUUCGAGGCGUCAAUCCUGGCUUUGCGACCAUUUGUUGAGCUUCACCACCCUUGCACCAUGAUCUUUUUCACACAUUAUUGUCGUAUUUGAUCCACUUUUCGUCUCCUGUUACCAUUCGCUUCAGAAAUGGUUCGAUUUCAUUUCGUUUCAGCAAAGAAUCGCAGAUGUUAAUUCGGUCCAUUAAAUUUUUCACAGACAAUUCAUGUGGUACCCAAACAUCGAGCUUCUUUUUGUAACCAGCCUCUUUUAAAUGGUUCAAAACCGUUUGAUGAUGAAUGUUUAGUGCCUUGGCGAUGUCAUGGCAGCUUAUGUGACGGUCCUGGUCAAUCUUUUCCAUAAUUUCAUCGACUUUUUCAACGAUAGGUCGACCGGAGCGAGGUGCAUCUUUCACAUCAAAAUUUCCAGAACGGAAGCGAGCGAACCAUUGUUGUGCUAAACGAACUGAUACAGCAUCGUCUCCGUAAACUUUACAAAUUUCAUUGGUGGCUUGCGUGGCAUUCUUCUUUUUUUUAUACUCAAUUUGAACAGCUAUAACUUUUUUUCAACUUCUCCGAAUUUAAUUUUUUUUUCGUUAAAUGAAGCUUAAAAUGUCACCUUUGUAACAGAAUAUGAUAUGACACAAUGUGAUUGGUAGCACUGGAGAUAGAUGAUUCCAACGACAUCUAUUGACGAAAUACGAAAAGACUUUUUCGACUACCCAAUAUUUCAUCAAAAUCCAGCAAUUUGGGGUAUAACCGGCAAAAGGUGCCAAGUCAAUUUGAGUUAUUUGUCAAAAGUUCACGAAUUUAAGUUUCUUAUUCAUAAGUUUUAAUUUCAUAAAAAUAUUUGUAGUGUAAGCCUAGUUUACUUGUUUACCCAUAACUCAUUAGCGAUUCAGAGAAGUGAAAUGUGAAUACCAUCAGUUAGUAUCUGCGCAUCAUUUUCAGUUUAUUGAGCAUUUGAACUUGCAUUUUUUUAACUUUAGUUUUAUAAUAUCAAAAUGGUUGGUAUCGUAUUGUACUUGCCAUGCAUUGCAUUACAACAACAAAAACAAAAAAUAGAUAUGUACGUACAUGGAUUUGUAUGUGAGCUGCUGUCUUCGAAAAUUUACAAAUGCGUUUUUUUUUACAUUUUAACUACACACGUACAUGUGUGUGUAUGUAUGUAUAUCAAGUAAGAAACAAACUGAAAUAUUUUGUAUUAAAGUCAAGGUAGUUUUAGCAGCAAUUAUUAAUUUUUAAAAUAUAUAUCGAACUACAUAUAAAAUAUUGUAUGCAGAAGUAAUUAUUUUUAUAACCGUAAGUGUAUUAUUUCAGAUUUUUAAUAAAUAUGUUUGUAUGUCAUAUUGAAAUAAAUAAGUGAAUUUUACAAAUAAUGCAAAAUAUCUGUCUUACCGUUACAAGGUGAAAGUUAAGAGUGUUAAAACUUAUUUUUUAAAA